GUAGCCCAGCCCAUCGUGACCUUAAAAACAUUUUGUGUGUGAAUCUUUUUGUUUCACUUGUCCCCUCUAUAAACCCUAGCUCUGUUGUUGCCACUUUCCCUCUUUGUUUCUCUUCAAUUUUCUUCUACUUGAUCCAAUAUGAGUCGGCCAAUGGAAGAGGAUACUGCCCCUGGGAAAAAUGAGGAAGAGGAGUUCAAUACUGGCCCACUUUCUGUCUUGAUGAUGAGUGUUAAGAAUAACACACAGGUGCUCAUCAACUGUAGGAACAACAGGAAACUUCUUGGUCGUGUGAGGGCUUUUGAUCGUCACUGCAACAUGGUGCUUGAAAAUGUUAGAGAAAUGUGGACCGAGGUGCCCAAGACUGGAAAAGGAAAAAAGAAAGCUCUUCCUGUUAACAAAGAUAGGUUUAUUAGCAAGAUGUUCCUUCGGGGAGAUUCUGUCAUCAUUGUCCUCCGAAAUCCCAAGUAGAGGUGCAUUCGACUUGGUGUGGUUUGGAGCAAAACUUGUGAGCAGCUAGGAGUUGGAUCAGUACUGUAUAAUCUUUCGCAUUCAGGAAAUAUCGGGAAUUUGCCUACGCAGAACGCCACCUUUAAUUGCUGUAGGGUGCUGUAAGACUUAAUAUAGGAUUUUGCUGUUCUGCUACACAAUUCUCUGAUUAUCUUCUUCACAAACUUCUUGUAAACAUUGGAGGUUUAAGUGCUUUUCGUGUAUGUUGAAUGCUAUGAUCGGCUGGUAUGUACUUAAUAUUCCAGAUGCAUUGCCAUUGUGAACCGUUGAA